AGGAAGAGAUGUUGGAUCGGCAACAGGGGCGCAAACAGGAAGUGAGAGGCCGCCUCUCUUGCAGUCGUGGGGGGUGCGCUGGAGCUGGACGAGCGGCCGGGAAGGAGGCUCGAGAGACCUGACUGCCUAGCGCCAGAGAGGCUGGUGGCAGGAACAGCUUCGAGCUCAUUCACAAAAGCGCUGGCGAUGGAAGAAGGAACUGAAGAACUGAGACAAAGAAAAAAGCUCAACUGUACAGAACCUGAAGAAAGACGUCCUGAAAAAAACAAUGAAGAAAGCAAAAAGUCAAAAAAAUCCGUGCGAUAUGCCUCAAUUCCACGUUUUGCAAAGCUUUUCUUUGGCUGUCUUGCUGCAAUUUUGAGUGGAAUCAUGUAUGCAAUAUACCUCUCAACAUACCACGAGCGCAAAUUCUGGUUUUCUGGAAGGCCGGAGCUUGAACGAGAAAUCACAUUCCAGGGUGAUAGUGCCAUAUACUAUUCAUUUUACAAAGAAUUGUUAAAGGCGCCUAACUUUAAAAGAGGUAUCUAUCAUCUCAUCCACGACAACAGAACUCUGUCACUGAAGACCAUGAAUGCAGCACAGCAGAUGACUUUGUAUCCAGAGCUGAUUGCCAGCAUCUUAUAUCAAGCGUCUGGUAGUGAAGACGUUAUUGAGCCAGUAUAUUUUUACAUUGGUAUAGUGUUUGGGCUGCAAGGGAUCUAUGUGACUGCAUUGUUUGCAACCAGUUGGCUCAUAAGUGGAACUUGGCUAGCAGGGAUGCUAACGGUUGCCUGGUUCAUCAUUAACAGAGCUGAUACUACAAGAAUAGACUAUUCUCUGCCUUCUAGGGAAAACUGGGCUCUGCCAUAUUUUGCUUGUCAAGUUGCAGCUCUAACAGGUUAUUUAAAGAACAAUGUAAACUCUUCAGCUGAGAAAUUUUGCUACAUGUUGGUGAGUGCUUCAACGUACACUUUUAUGAUGAUGUGGGAAUAUAGUCACUAUCUACUAUUUGUCCAGGCCAUCUGUCUUUUUCUGCUAGAUAUCACUGGGCUCACACAGGCAGAGAAGGUACAUGACAUAUAUAAAAUCUACCUGUUUUCUCUCUUCUUGGGUUAUAUGUUACAAUUUGAAAAUCCAACUCUACUGGUAUCUCCUCUACUAAGCCUGGUUACAGCUGCUCUGCUGGGAAAAUAUCUUCAGAUGAAUACAAAAAAAGGGACACUUCUUUCAAGGAUGCUGAAGGUCAUUUACUUUUAUUUGGUCUUCACAAUAACAGUGACUUUGAAUCUUGCAGUGAAGACAUUAAUUUCCCAUAAGGAAAAUGAACACAUAAUGAAAGUUCUUGAAGUAAAAUUGGGUUUAAACAUAACUAAGAACUUCACCAUUAAUUGGCUUCUUUGCCAAGAGUCCCUUCAGACCCCAUCCCAAGACUUUUUUCUACGCCUUACUCAGUCCUCGCUGUUGCCUUUCUACAUUUUAGUGCUAAUUAUUUGCCUUGUCUCUGUUGGUCAAGCUGUCUUUAGAAGAACUAUUGGUAAACCAGUCAGUGAAACAACUGUGCUUGAGAGUGGGAGAAUUGGAGAACGACCAGAAGUUGUGUAUCAUGUACUUCACACAAUUUCACUGGGGUUGCUUGCCAUGAUGAUGGAAAGAAUGAAAUAUGUGUGGACUCCUUCCGUUUGCAUGAUGGCUGCAUUUGGAGUUUGCUCCCCUGAGCUUUGGACGACACUUUUCAAGUGGUUCCGACUGAAGGCUGUACAUCCCAUUGUGCUGGCUCUCAUCCUGAGUAUGGCAGUGCCAACUAUCAUCGGCUUCAGCUUGUGGAAAGAGUUUUUUCCUAGGAUAAUGACAGAACUUUCAGAACUGCAAGAAUUUUAUGACCCUGACACAGUUGGACUCAUGACUUGGAUCAAGAGGCAGGCACCUAUUGCGGCUGUAUUUGCUGGCAGCCCACAGCUAAUGGGUGUGAUCAAAUUGUGUACUGGAGGGAUGGUGACAAAUCUGCCCCUGUAUAAUGAUGAGGACCUACUCAGGAGGAAUGAGCAUAUUUUUCAGAUCUAUUCAAAAAGAUCUGCUGAAGAUAUUUAUAAAAUACUCACAUCAUACAAAGCUAACUAUUUGGUUAUAGAGGAUUCCAUUUGCAAUGAGGUGGGGCCUGUGAGAGGAUGCCGUGUCAAAGACCUGCUGGAUAUCGCCAAUGGCCAUGUGUAUUAUGAAGAAAGUGACAGUUAUGGCUAUUCAAAAUAUGGACGAUUUUGUCAGGAAAUCAAAAUGAACUAUUCUCCAUAUGUGAAUUACUUCACUCGAGUAUACUGGAAUAGGUCCUAUUUCGUAUAUAAAAUCAACACUGUAAUAUCUUUCCAGUCCUGAGAAGACAUGGAGAUGACAUUUUUGAAGAUUGCCUGUGUUUGAAGAAUUCUUCAAUGGGAUGAGCUUAUUUACAAACUGUUCUUUUAUACUGUAUAUGCAUUACAGACAUGCCAGAGACACAUCACUGAGAGGGUACAAUAUGCCCACUUCUUGGUGUAUGUUACUGGAAUACUGCAGACUGACUACAGCAAAGCAAAAAAGAGGAAUAACUCCCAGGCCAUGGAAAAUACAAGAUGUGACAGGUUUCCUUGUUUUUAAAUACCUCUCCCCAGCUCUUCUGAUUUUCAUGAUCUUAUUAUGCCAUUGAUUUCUCUGAUCUCAUUUUAUAGCAAUGCCUGUCUUCAGCUAGAUUUAUUUUCAUUAAUAAAUGCAAAAAAGCCCCUUGUGAACUUGCUGAGCAUGAUCCUCAAGUUAUGCACAUAUAUCUGGGAUUAGGGCAGUGGGGGUAGGGAAAGAAUGCUCUGUUAUUUUUGUAGCUUCAGUCUCCUACCAAAUACUUGAAAUUCAUGGAAGCUGGAAAACUGGGGUACCACUUUUUGAGUCAGAAAAAUGCUGAAGAUAAAUAGGGUUAGGAAGGGGAAAUAAGUUUUCCUUUGGCUGAGCUUUGAUUCAUUUUAAUCAUGGCUGCUAUCUAUGAGUUGAAUUUGAUUCAAGACAUUGUUAAAUACCUCUUUGAUUUCUGAUGGUGCAUGCUUGUACCAUGUCUUCAAAGACUGUUCUCUAAGAAGGAAGCAGAUCAUGUGCAUUAUUUGUCUAUAAGCACUGUCCCUAAGAAGUACUGGAGUAAAUACAGAUUAUUUCCUUUGAAAUAUGUACACAAUCAUUUGUUUUAGGCAGAUAUCGUCAUCUUCUUAUGGAGACCACUUAGAAGAAGAAGAAGAUGAAUAUAUCUGCCUAAAAGUUCCCCCUCUAAACAAGACAAGGUUAAAGGCUUAAAUUCAAGGAUAUUUAGCUUAACUGUUUUGUAGGACCAUGUUUAUUAUGAUAAAUGGGAUUUACCAUUUUUCUCUAGUUAGAGGCUGCAUUCAGAUGUCAUAUUAAGCCAGGAAUCCUGGCUCAAUAAGUCAUGAUGUGAAUGAACAUGCUAGUGCAUGGAAACUGUUUGCUCCUUCCUUUGUGUAGCAAAACCAGGAAGGAAUAGCUGAAAUGUGUCCAGGCAACCCAUAAUCCAUGUUUUAAACCAGGACUCAGUUGGUUUAUCAACCAUAGCUUGUUUAAACUCACUUAAAAAUAAGUCUGGGUUUGGACUGCAGUACAUAGUGAACCAUCUUUGCCUACCCUACCCACUAAUGUAAGAAGCACACUGCUUAUUCACAUCAUGGUUUAUUAAACCUGGAUUCCUAGCUUAAUGGGCCAUCUGGACAUGGCCAUUUUCUUAUUAAAACUAUACCUGUAAGCUGGAAUUUAAAAGUCACACACUGAAGAACAAGCUGAUAACAGCAUGUUGUGUUUGGGCUGAGUUUCUUGCUUGAAUAAAUGCAUAUUCCUAUGUUGAUUUUCUAUGAUAGUAUUUCUCGCCAUAUCUUUUUUUCCCUCACUGUCGAUGCUCUUUGGCAAGUACCUGCUCAGCCUAGAAUUGCAAUUCAUCAAUUGACUUUAUUCAUCCACAGUACAUAACUAGGAGAAUAACCAUGCAGAGCAAAAAAUGUUACUGUGUGAAUAUUUCAUCAUAUGCUUGAUAUGUGGUACUUAACAGUAGGCUAACGAUCAGUGCUGCCUUGGUUUAUAUCUAUCAAUCAAACUGGAUUCAGGAUUGCAAAUGUCUAUUAUUAACUUCAUUCAGUUGAGGUUGAAGGUCGACCUGCCAUUGGGAAUAGUCAAUUCAGUAGACAGAACUUCUUUGUCAGCCCCUCUAGAUGUCUUGGACCAGUUCCCAGUGUGCUGGCUGAGGAAUGCUAGAACUUGUAGUGCAACACACCUGGGGAAUAUCAGGUUGGAGAAGGCUGAUGUAAAGCAUACUGAGGGUCUGAUUUGUGUGUGGAAAUUGAUAUAUUGUGUUGCUAAAUGCUUGCCUGAAAAAUGACCUUUUAACAGGUAUAGCCUUGAUGUAUUUAUGUUUGGAAUAUUUGUAUAUGUGCGACAGCAAUUAUCUGUAUUCUUUACAACUACACUUAUGCCUUUGAAUUUUUAAAAGCUGCAUCAGUAAAUGACAAAAUAGCCACAAAGGAAACAAUUUUUUAAAUAUUACCUCAUACAGCUAGAAAUGUUGCUGUUCUGACUAUUUUUCAGAGUAACUCCCUAAAACUCCCAGUUGAUCAGGUAUUACCAUUGUGCAUGCAAUCUCUCUUAUUUCACUUUCGGUUCUGAGCAACAUAGAAGUAAAGGAAACUACUGGUACAUGCGUAACAAACACUGGUUGCGGAGUAAUACCAGUGUGGCUGAGGAGCGCUAACAGAAUGCCAUUUGUGGGAGAGUAACAAACACCCCUAAAUGUUCCUGAAUUCCAUUUGGACUUCUGUCCUAGCUAGAUUGCCUUGGCUUCUUCAGUGCUACUAGUUCCACUAAAUUUGCAGGGAUAUUUCAAAUCCUGAAAUGGACUCCAUUUGACUUUAAUUUAUUUUAAAAAUAAAUUCCACAUAGUGAAGAUAAGUUUGCCUUCCAGCCUGAUCCUUUGUUCAUAUCUUAUUUGAGAUACAUUGUAGUGCAUUUAAAUAGCAAUGCUGCUUACUCUCUCUCUUUUCUAUUGAUCGUACUUGAAGUGUACUGAAAUCUUUGUGUGUUAAGUUCCAGAUAAUUGUCACAUCAUUGAGUUGUUGCAACACUUUGAAGAAAGAAUGUUACUGUGGGUACAAGAGGGAAACGUUUGAUAGCCUGCAGUUGGAGAGUGACACUUUCACAAAACAUUAAGUGUUAGACUGCACAUUUGGUCAGACUUUUAUUAGACUAAAUAAUGAUUUGAUUAUUGUGUAAAAUGUGUAAAAUGCAGCAUUUUUCAGUUAUUCCCUAAAAGCUUUGGGUGUGAUAAAAUUUGGAAACCUUGCAAAAAUCAUCAUCAGUAGCUGUUUGCCACACAUACCUGCUUGGAGUCUAAUGAAAGGAGGAAUAAUUGUAAUUCUUUAAAAAUAUUUUGUGGGAACAUUCAAGCCUCUUGCUGUCAAUGUUGUAAUCCAGUUGGAAAAUGUGCCUUGUAAACUUUUAUUAAA